AUGAGGAUUAAACCCAGUAUACAGGAUAUAAGUGGUACUGUGUGUUUGUGUGCCUGUAAGUAUCCGGAUAAGAGCAGAUACAUUCAGAUGCAGAGAAGUAACAUUGUGCUUAUCCUUCUGUACCCCAGUAAUGGCGUUAACGUGGAGGGGGCCACACACAAGCAGGUGGUGGAUCUGAUCCGGGCUGGAGAGAAGGAGCUGGUCCUCACAGUCCUGUCCGUCCCCCCACAUGAAGCAGAGAACCUGGACCCCAGCGAUGACUCCUCGGGGCAGUCGUUCUAUGACUACACGGAGAAGCAGGCCGUUCCCAUCUCCAUCCCCACCUACAAGCACGUGGAGCAGAACUCUGAGAAGUUUGUGGUCUACAAUGUCUACAUGGCCGGCCGGCAGCUCUGCUCUAAGAGAUACCGUGAAUUCGCCAUCCUGAACCAGAACCUGAAGCGAGAAUUUACCAACUUCACCUUCCCCCGGCUUCCAGGAAAAUGGCCCUUCUCCUUAUCGGAGCAGCAGCUAGACGCUCGGCGGAGGGGCCUGGAAGAAUACCUGGAGAAGGUCUGCUCCAUCCGGGUGAUUGGCGAGAGUGACAUCAUGCAGGAGUUCCUGUCGGAGUCGGAUGAGAACUAUAAUGGCGUGUCUGAUGUGGAGCUGCGGGUGGCGCUACCUGACAAGACGACAGCCACUGUGCGGGUAAAGAAGAACAGCACUACAGACCAGGUGUUCCAGGCUCUCGCUGCCAGGAGCGGGAUGGAUGGCAUCACCGCAAACUACUUUGCAUUGUUUGAGGUCAUUAACCAUUCCUUCGGUCAGUACCAGCAGAUUUGUCUUUUCUGCAUUUCCUUUGGGUCAUAUGACCUGAUGUUCUUGGCUCCUAUAGGCAGAAACCUUCAGGAAGGGAUUGAUCUUUAUAAAGCGCUGGCUUUACAUUCUUCACUGACACUAGGGGGCGCUGACAACCAUCAGGAUAGAAGCUGCUACCAUCCUGUCCUUACUUCUCUCAUCCUGAAGAGUUUGGGGGGGCAGCUCUGACCUAAUUUAGGAACA